UGAAUUUCAUUUAUAAUUUUAAGCAGUUGAUAAUCUUUUCACAAAUGGAAAAAUAUUUUUAAUUCAUUCUGACUUUAAAGUAAACUUGUCAGCGUUUCACAUGGAUAAUUACACCAGUGAUGAAGACUUAGAGGAGGAUUUUGACACUCAGUUCAUCAUUCAACAGAGUUUGCAGGAUAUUUACAAGCCAGGAGCAACACAACGUGCACCUGAGGAUGAGAGCUUCCAUUCCUUUUUGAGCACUGACUAUAAGAAGAUAAUUGAAACAAUAGAGACAGGUAAGGAAGAUGCAUUGUCACACUUAAUCAAGUACCAUUCUGCUUUUGAUGAAGCAGAUGAGAUUGGCUGGCUUCCUUUGCAUAGGGCUGCAGUGCAAAUAAAUAAGAACAUUUUGGAAAUAACCCUAAAAGCUUCAAAACCCAGCACAUGGGAGCAAACAACCCACAAUGGUGAAACACCACUUUUUUUGGCUGUCAGUAAUUGCCUCCUAGAAAAUGCCAGUUUUCUUCUUCUGAAUGGCUGCAAUCCGAAUGCUAAGAAUUUCGAAGGCAAUUCUCCUCUCCUUACAGCUGUUCUGCGUGACUCCUACGACAUGGCUGCCUUGCUGAUCAGCCACAGAGCAGAUGUCAAUCUGCGGUGUGCCAACGAGAGGACAGCUCUCCAUGAAGCAGCCAAACUGGGCAGACUGGACAUGGUGAAGCUUAUGCUGGCUUCUGGGGCGCACAUUGACCCACAGAGCUCCUAUGGAUUCACUCCUCUUGCUCUGGCUGCUCAAAAUGGCCACACUGAAAUCAUGGAAAUGUUACUGCAAAAAGGUGCUAAUGCUCACGGUCAGGCCUCUGAUUCUUCUUCCAUCUUACUUGAAGCCACUAGUGGAGGAAAUCCAGACUCCGUGGCUCUCUUGCUAGGGUAUGGAGCUGAUGCCAACAUCCCUAAGAGUUCAGGCCACCUGCCCAUUCAUGUGGCAGCGGACAGAGGCCACUUAUUAGCUCUAAAGAUAUUGAUUCCAGUUACAGACCCUGCUGCCAUUAAGCAGAGUGGGAUCAGUCCAGUUCACUGUGCAGCAGCAGGAGCACACCCUCAGUGCCUGGAACUUCUCAUCCAAGCUGGGUUUGAUGUGAAUUUCAUGCUGGAUCAGAGAAUUCGCAAACACUACGAUGACCAAAGGAAGUCAGCUUUGUAUUUUGCUGUAUCAAAUGGUGACCUUUCUUCAGUUAAACUCCUUCUGAGUGCUGGAGCUCUGCCUAAUCAAGACCCAGUUAACUGCCUCCAGAUAGCCCUCAGGAUGGGCAACUAUGAGCUGAUAAGUCUGCUGCUAAGACAUGGGGCCAAUGUCAACUACUUCUGCAGAGUUAAUCCCUUACAUUUCCCAUCAGCACUGCAAUACACACUGAAAGAUGAAGUGAUGCUCAGGAUGCUGCUGAAUCAUGGGUAUGACACAGAGCGAUGUUUUGAUUGUCCUCAUGGGGACAAAGUUCAUCCUUCCUAUACUCUUGAAGGCUGGACAUCUACAGUUAUCAAAGAUACUAAGUUCUGUGAAGUAAUAACUUUAUCGUGGCUGCAACAUCUCUCUGGAAAUGUUGUUCGAGUGAUGCUUGAUUACGUUGAUCAAGUUCGGGUCUGUUCAAAGUUGAAAGCUGUGCUCCAAAAACAGGGGCUCUGGUCAGAAAUACAUUUCAUCUUAACAAAUCCUCGCUCCCUAAAACAUUUGUGCCGCCUAAAGAUCCGGAAGUGUAUGGGACGUUUACACUUGCGCUGCCCUGUCUUCAUGUCAUUUCUUCCAUUACCCAAUCGUCUAAAAGCAUAUAUCCUUUACAAAGAAUACGACCUUUAUGAACAAAGAAUUUUUACAGGAACAUGGUAAUCAAACCAUUCUAGAAGAAAAGGACAACAAACUGCCCCUCACUACUGGCUUGGUUUGGUCUACUGGAAGCAGCUAUCAACCGACUUUGUUCUUCCAAGUCCUAGUGGA